AAAGUUGGGAUAGAGGCUCGAGUCAGAGACAGGCAAAUUUACGGCAAGCCUAUCGCCGUCGUGUUGACACUAAACAUCGCCAACUCACCUCGGUACCUUGCCACGGGCGCUCAAGAGGUCAUUUUGAAAUCGGAAAGAUAUCAAGGACCCAAAACUCUGGAGACGUGGACAGUCUGGAUUAUUAUAGUAACGUUAGCUGGCUAGGAAACGAAGACAUUCAUGAAAACUGACUCUGACCGGUAGAAAAUUAACGUUACUGGCAAAACGUAAAGUUUUCUGUUUGAGUUAGUAAAUGUUGUGACAUAAAAAGUACUUCGUAAGAGUUGGUGUAGAAAGACGGGUGAACCCGAGUUGUCAUACCCGAUGACUACUGCAAACUGCACCGGGAAUGAGGAGCUGGACUUCAGACUGAUCUUCGGUGAGGACGGGCAACAGCAACCGCUAGGCCCCGCAGACCUGGAACCUGAUGACAACACGUCGUUCUACAUCCUCAACGUGGGCCAGCCGCAGUCAGUGGUCAAUCAGUCCAUCGGCAUCCCCCGACAUGGCACGCAGUCACACUCACACUCACACUCACACUCGCAGGUCAUCUCGACCUCGCCGCGGCUUCAGUCGCACAAAGUGUUCGACCCCGGCUACGAGCUGCAGCAGGACUCCAACAAGUGCAGCCAGCCGCCUGGCAGCGGUCAGCCGCCCAAGGCCUUCGAGUGCCCGAGCAUCCAGAUCACCUCCAUCUCGCCCAGCUGCCAACAGGAGAUGGACGCCAACGACGACGACAAGGGGCACGACAGGGACUACCACCACGACCGGCCCAUGUCGCGGGACCACCUGUACCUCCCCCUAGACCACUCCUACAGGGAUUCCUCGCUCAGUCCAAGCCCCUGCAGCAGCCUGUCGUCCAGGAGCUGGUUCUCAGACGCGUCAUCUUGCGAGUCCUUCUCGCACGUGUACGACGACGUGGACUCGGAGCUGAACGAGGCGGCGGCGCGCUUCACACUGGGCUCGCCGCUCACGUCGCCCGGCUGCUCGCCCCAGGCUGGCGGCCUGGACGAGCCCUGGCAGCACCAGCAGCAGCAGCAGCAGCAGCAGCAGCAGCACCACCACCACCACCCGGCCUUCGCCCACUCGCACUCGCUCUCGCCGCGCCAGUCGCCCUGUCACUCGCCGCGUACCAGCGUCACCGACGAGAACUGGCUGAGCCCGCGGCCGCCCUCCAGGCCCUCGUCCCGGCCCACCUCGCCCUGCGGCAAGAGGCGCCACUCCAGCGCUGACAUCUGCUACCCGGGCUCCGUGUCCCCGCACCACUCCCCGUCGCCCACGCCGGGGCCCUCCCCGAGGGGAAGCGUGACGGAGGACACCUGGAUCGGAAGCCCUUCAAUGGGGAUGUCCCCGUUCCAGUGCUGUCCGUCCGAGGCCGACAUCCCCUCCAAGACCCGCAAGACCUCGCAGGACCGCACGCCGCCGCACCAGCCCGGCAAGUGUGACCUUGGGCUGGACGAUUCAGGAAAUGUGUCUCCGCUGUUGGACUCCCCUGCCGAGGAGGCCCUGCUCGGUCUGAAAAAGGACGGUCCGGGAGAGCAGUUUCUCUCCGUGCCCUCCCACUUCACCUGGAACAAGCCCAAGCCGGGACACACGCCCAUUUUCAGAACAUCAUCACUGCCUCCGCUGGACUGGCCCUUACCGAACCAGUUCGGACAGUACGAGCUGAAGAUCGAGGUCCAUCCCAAGGCUCACCACCGGGCGCACUACGAGACGGAGGGCAGCAGAGGGGCGGUGAAGGCAGCGUCUGGGGGACACCCUGUGGUGAAGCUCCUGGGCUACAGUGAGAAGCCUGUCAAUCUGCAGAUGUUCAUUGGGACAGCAGACGACCGCUACCUGAGGCCGCAUGCCUUCUACCAGGUGCACCGGAUCACGGGGAAAACGGUCGCCACUGCAAGCCAGGAAAUCAUAAUCACCAGCACAAAGGUUCUCGAAAUACCUCUCCUUCCCGAAAACAAUAUGUCUGCCAGCAUUGACUGUGCAGGGAUCCUGAAGCUAAGGAACUCGGACAUCGAGCUGAGAAAAGGCGAGACAGACAUCGGGCGGAAGAACACGCGUGUGCGGGUGGUGUUUCGAGUGCACAUCCCACAACCCAACGGGAAGGUGCUGUCUCUGCAAGCGGCGUCCAUCCCUAUAGAGUGCUCCCAGCGCUCGGCUCAGGAGCUCCCCCAGGUAGAGAAGUGCAGCCUGUCCAGCUGCGUGGUCAGUGGGGGGGAGGAGAUGGUCAUCAGCGGCUCCAACUUCUUCCCGGAGUCCAAGGUCAUCUUCCUGGAAAAGGGCCCCGAUGGACGACCCCAGUGGGAAGUGGAGGGGAAAAUUGUUCGUGAAAAGAGUCAGGGGUUGAGUCUGGUGGUGCAGGUUCCCCCGUACCACAGCAAGACGGUGACCUCCGCAGUCCAGGUGCAGUUCUACGUGUGCAAUGGGAAGAGGAAACGGAGCCAAUCCCAACGUUUCACUUACCUGUCAGUGUUGGUGAAGCAGGAGCACAGAGACGAUCUGGACGCGUCCGCUGUGGCGUCCAUGCCCCUGCCCCUCGCUCACGCUGGCGGCGGCCUGGUCCGGACCCAGAUGCCAUCCCCCGAGCCAGGCCACCCGCAGGACGGCCUUCUGUCCAGCUCCCCCCGCGGCCUGGCCCCGGGCCUGCACCCCCUGCAGCCCCCCUGUGGCCCCCCCAUGGGCUCCCCCACCUUCCCCCACCUGCCUCACCUGCAGGGCCACGGGCUCCACGCGGGUCCCGAUUGUCAGAUGGCGUUCCACGCGGGGCCCCAUCCGCACCCCCACCCCCACCCACAUCCCUCCCGGCCUCCCUACCAGCCUAUGCAGCACGGGCGCCUGCCCUUCAAUGGCCAGCCCAGUCUUCCCAUGAGCACCGGCGUCGCGGGCUCCCCGCAGGCCUUUGAGCGGAUGCCAUACCAGAGCGACCCUGCGGCGUGCCACUCCCACGCCCUGGGCCUGGGCAUGGUGUACCACUCUGCCUCCUCAGUCCCCAACUCAGGGCACUCCCCCACCAGCCCCCUACCGAUAGUCUCCGCCGCCUCUGGCACCCCCGGUGGCCAGCCUAUGGCCCACUCCUCCCCACACCUGCACUCGCUGGGGUACCACUGCCCCAGCCCUGCCCAGGUGUCUUUGCCCACCCACUCCAUUGGGCAGCAGCAGCAGCAGCAGCAGCAGCAGCAGCAGCAGCAGCAGUCUGCGCCUCCGAUGCAGCGGCCCAUGGGGGGCUACCACCCCGCCGGCCAGCGCUCCGCCUCCUGCCCGUCGCCCUCCAGCAUCCCCCAGCAGCAGCAGCAGCAGCGCAUGGUGCCCUCCCCCCAUUCAGGGCCCUCGUCCCCCCAGCUCCACUCCCUGCCCUACCAGUCCCCCACCUCGCCCUCCCCGACCGCGGGCAGCCCGCUGGGGCCGAUGUCCCACUCCAGCCAGCCUUCCCCCCAAGCGAGCAGCCCGGUGCUGGGCAGCCUGCCCUCGGCCGCGCCCAUGGUGCACCCGCUGGGUCCCCAGGCGCCCUUUCCAGCAGACGGGGAGCGGCUGAACAUCAAGCAGGAGCCGGAGGAGCGGGAGCCCACCUUCAGAUCCAUCGGCCUGCAGGACAUCACGUUGGAUGAUGGUGAGCCCUGUCCAGCAGCCUCCCUAUUAUCAUUGUUUUUUUUGUUUUUUUUUCUUUCAUUGUCUGCAAGUAACAGCACAAUGCAGUAUAAAGUAUAUAUCAUAUUUUGGUCUCUGCAUUUAUCCCAAUCCGUGAAUUAGUGAAACACACACAGCGCACAG